AUGUUGUCUAAAGAAGCACUAGUGAAGAUUCUAAGCCAGAAUAAUUGUGGAAAGGAUAUAGAAAUUAGCGAUGAGGUGAUACCAAUGAUACAGAAGUAUUUGGAUAUAUUCAUUGAAGAGGCGGCGUUGCGAUCACUGCAAUCCCACAAGGAUAUCAACAAAGAACACGAUAAGAAGGACCCCUUGGAGUUGUCGCACCAAGACCUUGAGCGUGUUGUUGGGGUUCUGCUAAUGGAUAUGUAG